UCCUCAGUCCAUCGCGUGCAGGCUAAUCCAUGGCUUCACUUCCAAAUUAUUCUAGACACGGCGAGGGAUUCGCUACGAAUCUUCCAUACAACAGCCUCCAUGUUUCACCGAUUCUCCGUCACGCCCGGGAAGACACGUCGCCAGACCAAAGCUGCAAUUCAGAAGAAUCAGGAGAAGAAUCCUGCUAGUCCUGCUCACAAAGUCCUCUCUUUGGCCAAACGCAAGAAGUCCAUCAGAGCGUGUGAGCGCUGCCGGCUGCACCGGAUCAAGUGUAGCGAGCAGAAGCCUUGCGGGCGGUGCGUGAGUAGCAAGGCCAGGUGCAUUGUUUCUUACGGGGCCUGCAGCUCGCCUCAGACGAACAACGGUAGUGACCGGCGUUCGGGCUCCGACCGUUGUGAAAAUGCCAGUCCCAGCGGCUCUGCCGCCGACAACAGGCCGCCAUACGGGGUCCCAGACGAGAUUUUUGAUCUUGCUCACAUCCGUGGCUUUUUUGCUGGCGAAGAUUCGGCGUUUUCACGUCGCUCAGCCUCCUCCGCACGCUGCGUCUUCCCUCACAUCCCACAUGCCGCCGUUCCUUCGCCGGGGCGGCCUCCUGUGCUGAAUGCGUUGCCGAAGACACAACGGAGUUACUAUCUCAGGCUUUUCCGGGACACCUGUCACCCUCUUCUACAAUUAAUAAGCGAGACUGACUUUGUAGACCUCGAUGCCCUUCCGUCACACGGCAGCAUCUCUGAUGGAUAUUCGACGAGGAACGCCUUGGUGGAUAUCAUACUCGCACUUGGAAUACAGCAAAGCCACACCACCGGCCUUGCCGGACGCAUAUUAGGACUCCGGCAGCCGCCUUCUCCACAGUCGCAGGACGCAGUGCCCUCGCCCGACGCUACCUGGCCUGGUUUGGAAUAUUUCAACCGUUGUCGUGAGUGCAUGAAUAUGAACACGAAUGUGACCUUGGAAACCCUACGAUGCCAUGCGCUGAUGGCCACAUACCUCAUGAAAGGCAAUGCUUUCCAGGAUGCUUAUAUUUUGCUUGGUGUAGCCAUCCGCAAGGCCUACGUUGCGAAGAUCCACCGACUGCCCCCCAGUCAUCUCCCCGAGUUUGAAAAAACCGCUCGCAUGCAACUGUGGUGGACGAUCCUUUCUCUAGAUCUCCAGUGCUCACUACAGCUUGACGUGCCCGGCGCCAGCGCGAAGGCCGUCGCAAGAUGUCCAACACCCACAGAGCAUGAUCUUGUGAGCUAUUUCUCUCCCUCCAGCCAUCAUGAAGGGCCUGUGAGUCCUUACAUGUACACAAUGUGGCUCUUCAGACUCGUGGCCGUUGUGUCCGACAUUACAGCGUGCUUCUCGUCCGCGGACUUGGACGAAGACGACAGCAAUAACCCGAACACUCUUGAACGUCACACCUUCAAACUCUCGUCCUCACUUCGAGACCUCGAUGCUUGGCACAGUCAGCUGCCUUCAUUUCUGCGACUGGGCCAGGUUAGAAACGCCUCCGACGAUGCCGAGGGGCUCGACUUUGAUGGUAGCCUAACCCACCCUGUUUGGCUUCAGAGACAAAGGGUGCUCUUGGAGCUGCACUAUCGAGACGCUCAUGUCUUGAUUCAACGUUCUUUCAUCCGUCUUCGCUACCAACCCUCGUCCGUCAACCCCAGCGGUAUAAUGAGUGCGCCAGGUUUGGACUUUUGGCAAUCGCAGACGGACACCCACGCCAACGGUGCUCUGCACCAUGCAAACACGGUCGUCGACAUCGUCUUCACCGUGUGUUCCACCUCUGAGAUCUUCUAUGGAUGGUCAGAGAUCCUGCAGCCUCUCUGGAACGCAACCCUAACGAUCGUGGCCCAUGUCUACGCAAACCCACUCAACUCGGAGGUGCCACACGCGCUGAAUUCCCUCAAGCGUGCUCACGCUGUUAUCGAGUCUUUUCCCUCGACUUUGCCGAGCAUCAGAUCUAUAAAGUCGGUCGUCCACACACUCGCCACCAGCAUACAGAGCGUGGCGGCUCAGGGCCGCAGCCCCGCGCGCGGUCCCUGACGACGACGGACGCGACGGGCUGGAGUCUUUGCAAUCCUUGGCUCGAGGGUCAGACACUUCAACAAAGCGAUUGCUUCUUUGAUCAUGGCUCAGAGGAAAGAGGGAUUGAUGAAUUCGAAUGACAGAUCAGCCGAGUGGUCUCAGUGAUCAGCUGUGGUCAGUGGUGAUGAGGCUGAGCGCCACUGAGCACAACGAACUAUAUCUACCCGGUCAUUUCAUAUCUUCACUACCUAGUCAACUUCGUUCACGAUCAUAUACCCAUAUUUUUUGGUUGUGAUCAUUUCGCUCUG